GGUCGUAGAGGCAGAGAGGGCCAAACCCUAACGCCUAGGUUUGCUGAGCUCGAGUACCGAAGGCUGUGUUUGUUUGUGUGUGCGGGUUUUUGGCAGCAGGUUGCGAGCUUUCGCCAAUCGAUAUUCUUCCUGUUCCGCUCAGACUUUCUCCCUUCGGUUGAACUUGCCAGAGGUGUGCACUGCUAUCGCAUGCAUUAAGUUUUGAGGCAAGCCCUCCCAGCAACAAUAGAGGAGGUGAGCUAGGUGGAGUAGGUUUGGAGAAAUGGCGAAGCUUGGAGGGAAAUCUAAAGCGGCAUCACCGUCAGUUACCUCUGGAUCAUCCUCCUAUUCAGGCUCGUCGUCAGCGUCAGGUUCACGAUCAAGGUCACGAUCGUCUUCAUCCUCUGGAAGCGAGACCUCCAGAAGUCGUAGUCCUCCUGCAAAAUCAAGUGAUGUCGCAAAGAAAACCAGAGCAUCCCCCCCCCCGCCUACGAAAUCAUCUGCACCGAAGAAAUUGCGCACUCCGACUCCUGAGUCUACCGUAUUGCAUGUUGGUUGCCUUACUCGCAAUGUCAAUGAGGCACAUUUAAAAGAGAUAUUUGGGCUUUAUGGUGAAAUCGUGCACGUUGAACUCGCUAUGGAUCGCACCGUGAAUUUACCGAAGGGAUAUGGAUAUGUUGAGUUCAAAAGAAGAGGUGAUGCUGAAAAGGCAUUGGCCCACAUGGAUGGGGGUCAAAUUGAUGGGAACGUCGUUAGUGCCCAGUUCAUCUUGGUGCCGAGGAGAAAACCAACACCUCCUCCUGUAAAGAGACAGGUUUCUCCUGCUCCUAAGAGGGAAAUCGUUGGACGGGAAGUGCCUCCACGUGAUGGUGUGAAGGAUGGUCUUCGUCGCCGUGACUCUCCACCAAUUCGGAGAGGGCGGUCGCCAUCACCUCCCCCUCGAAGACGUUCCGGGUCUCCCCGCAGGCGAAUGCCUGAUUCACCACCUCGUAGACGAGCUCCUGCAGUAUCCCCACGUCGCCGUCGCUCUCCUUCUCCCUUCCGUCGACGCCGUUCACCCAUCAGAUCUCCACCAAGGAGAAUACGAGGCAGCCCUGUUCGACGUCCACGCUCUCCACCACCGUAUAGAAGAAGAUCUCCUCCACCUGGGAGGCGUGCAAGGUCACCACCACCUCGCAGAUCUCCACCUAGACGCCGUGCGAGCAGAUCUCCGCCGCCUCGUCGACCACUUCGCUCACGCUCUAGAUCUCGUUCAGCUCCAAGAAGGGCACGCUCUCCCAUUAACAAGCGCAAGAGAUCGACCUCUUACUCUACGUCUCCAAGCCCUGUGAAGCGCGUUUCUCCUCCUGGUGCUAAGAAGUUCCUUAAGAGUCGGAGCCCUAAAAAAGCUUUUGCGAACAGCAGCCCCAGCGGUCGCAGUAGCUCUCCAUCACCGUCCAAAAGCAGCCAGUGAGUUGAAAUGGAGUCGAGGUUGUUAAUGGAGGGCCUUGGUGAAUCCAAUUACCGUCAGCAACUAAGUCUUGUCAUAAGACGUUGGGACCCUUUCUCAUUCAUGCAGGGCACAAUUUCUCUCUCAACUUCCUACAUGUGCGAAUAACUACCUGUGACGCAUGGAUAGGUGCUUGCAUCCUUUUUUCUAUGCUACAUUGCAUCAGACAUUUUGUUCAUUAGCCUGUGUCUGAUCUUGGGUGAUUUUUUUUUUUUUUUUUUUUUUUUUUUUUUUUUUUUUUUUUUUUUCUCUUUCCUGCUACCUUGUUUUGUGUCCAGUUGUAAGUAGAGUCAGUGAUUUCGGUUGUCCCUGUUUUGGCAAAUUAUUUAAGCUGCAAUACCUAUGUUAAUGGAUUACUAGACAAAUUUUGUGCAAGGGCUAUCCAAAGAGAUCUCAAGUCAAUAGAGGGUGUUCUUGUUUGUUUCACCCUGUCUGGGGACGUGCUGCCUGCCGUCUGACGCAGUUUUCGCUGGCAACUGAUGCGUUCUUCAACAAAAUCGGGGGCCUUUUUGAUAGUUAAGGUCGUUUGCUUCAUCAACAGUCAUGUGGGAGGAAUUUGAGACGUCUUCCGUUGAAAGGGGUUUGGAGAUGCAUCGUAUGCUGCUGCUGAAGUACUGAAGUGGAGGGACAAGAAGACAUUGUGUCCAAACGAAUCUUGGGGAGAGCAUUCUCAAUUGACGUGAAUCUCCAAGACUGUCAAGCGUUCCUUAUUCGUGAAGACGUUGAUGCUGUCUGUAGCUUUUGCACUUACAGACAGCAUUAAGCUUUUUUUGUUAAUGACAUGGAGAGCUUGACUACAUGUUUAAGGCUGCGAGGGUUGAUAGUUUUUAGUUCAUGAUAGUUCAACUCUUUGAAAAUACAUAUGCUAUGUCCUUUCAUUUGUGCAGGACGUGUACUAAUGUGUGUACAGUUCAUGAAUUGUGUGAGUCGAGUUCCUAUCGUAUGAAUGCAACUUAUUAUAUCUGAA